AUACUCAACACGUUGGAUAUUCAUCAUGGCGGUAACUGUGUCUUCCAAGCAACACGUGUGUCACUCAUAAAUCGAGUUUUCUUCAAAGAAUCAUUAACAAGUGUUCUUAUUAUUACGAUGUUUUAUGUGAUUGGACUGGGACUAGGAGACGCAAAAGAUGUCACGGUGAAGGGACUUGAAAUCAUAAAGAAAUGUGACAGAGUAUACUUAGAGGCAUAUACGUCAAUUUUAACGGUUGGACAAGAAUCAUUGGAAGAGUUUUAUGGCCGACCUGUAAUAGUAGCGGAUCGCGAGCUGGUGGAAAGCGGCGCCGAAGAAAUCUUGUACAAUACCGAAAAUGAAAAUGUAGCCUUUCUCGUGGUGGGCGAUCCUUUCGGUGCCACUACGCACACCGACCUGGUAUUACGUGCUCGAGAAAGAGGCGUAAAGGUCCACGUCGUCCACAAUGCUUCCAUUCUCAAUGCCAUCGGAUGCUGUGGCCUCCAGCUGUAUUCCUACGGUGAAGUAGUUUCCAUUCCAUACUGGACGGACAGUUGGAAGCCAGACAGCUUUUACGAGAAAAUCGCAUCUAAUCGACGUCGAGGUUUACACACUCUCUGCCUCUUGGACAUCAAAGUCAAGGAGCCGACCCUGGAGAGUAUCCUGAAGAAGCGCAAGGAGUACAUGCCACCAAGAUUUAUGAGUGUUGCCGAGGCAUCCGAGCAACUCUUACAGAUACUCGAGAAGAUGCUGGAAUCUGGAGCAGAAGAAUUAGCCUUCACAGCCGAAAGUCUUGCAGUAGGUCUCGCCCGUGUUGGUUCCGACAAUCAGAGGAUAGUCGCCUGCUCCCUCAAGGACAUGAAGGAGACUGAUCUUGGAGCUCCACUUCACUGUCUGAUAAUCCCAGGGGAAUCCCUGCAUCCACUGGAGAUCGAAUAUCUUUUGCAAUAUGCCACGGAUAAGGAAAAAUUUGAAGAGAUGACAAAACGCAAAGAAAGUCAUUGACACAGAUAUAUUGAGUAUGUACAAUAUAUAAUCUCUUGAAAUCGAUCGGAAUAUACUGUCGGUAAAUUUAUUAUCUGACACGCGAAAUUCACAUUUGAUUUACAAAAGUAUUUUUCACUGUAUAAUUGUUCCAGGAGUAUUCGUUAUUAUCGUAUAAUUUUAUUAUUCAUUCCAGAAUGAUAAAGCUCUUUUUAACUGAUCGAUAGCUCUAUUCACUUUUCAUGAUUAGACAUACUUGAAACCGUACGUUACGAUAUAGAAACGAGAUACUAACUACACUGCACGACACGUAUUACGUGUCUGAAAAAUCCAAAGAAUUAUAUUCUCUAUAAUAACAUCAGUAUACACUCAAUCCCGUUUGACAUUUCUCUAUGAAAAUUUGCAAAACUGCAGAACACAAGUCUUUCAAUGUGUCUCGGUAACACGUGGGUGGACGUUUCCAAUUGCCCAAUUAGUAAUUCAAUGCAGUAACGUAACGAGUGUGGGAGCGUAUGAGACAAUUGACAUUGGCAAGAAACAGAGAAUAAAAAUUAUGCGAAAUUACUGUGAUCUAGAGCAACGUAAUUUUCACAAAGUACUACAAUCCAAAUGGAAGCUCUCGUUAAGCAGGCCGUCAAGCUUCAAGCGCAUAGCGAAAAAAGACCACGUAGUAUAUAUACGUUACAUAUGUACGUGAAUACAUAAAAGCACACAGACCCUUCAAUAAAAAGGAUCGAUGCUGCUUAGGAUUAUUUUUCAGGGCGAAAAUACGUAUAAGCCAGAAUAACAAGCCAGUGAAAAUCGAUAUCGUUGAUUGGCCAUUGAAAACCACGUGUAGAAUUACAAGAACAUUCGUUGAACCACUUCGUAAAUGUUUCCAUUUUUGGAUCUUGAUCGAUUUACACCACGAAAGAAAACGCAAUGGUUUACACCGGAAACCGAAUAUUUUUGUAUAUCCCUUUUAACUGGCAAGUAAAAAGAAAGUAAAAUUAUACAAAGCAGAGUCGAUAAGCUACUUGAAAAAAAAGUUGUAUACCGAGUGUCACGUUUUUGUCAUUGGAAAGGCAUUAUAAAGUCUUGUGCUUACUAUCAGCACGUUAUUGCCCUCGUUAUCGCGUGCAUAAAUACAGCCUGCACAAAAGCCACGUGUGGAUUGAUGAAAUUCGUAUGAUUUUGAGCUUUCAAAUUUCCUCGCUCAAAUAUACAGAUUGCUCUGUGCAAUCUACAGCAAUAGAAAACAACAAUGAGUGCUGGACUCUAAUAAGAAAUAAUUAACGGAGGUUACUGAAUAAUCUCUGGGUAUAUCUGUCACAGUCUAUUAUUAUCCUAUUGUAUUUAUAGUUGAUGCGUGGUUAUGCAUUUACACUCUGUGCAUCUGGCUAGCAGACGGUAUCAAGGCGAGCUGAUAAAUAAAGUGGAUUUAACAUCUUUCAAA